AGGCGAACAGGGGGAGUUGCUGCAUUCGAUUGUCUCCCUCUCUGUCCCUGACUUCAUGUAGCCUCUGAGCUUCUCUUGGUCGAGUAAUCUGCAAUGACUUUGGGGUCGGAGAUGACAGCGAGGCCGGUCGAUGUUGAAGAAGCGGACGUGGAUGUGGUGGGUGAGGACAGCGAGUCCGCGCUCGGGCUCUCGCCGCAGCAGCAGGAGGAGGAGGAGGAGGAGGAAGAGGCGACCCUCCCGCUGGCGGCUACGGCGGCGCCUCCUCCCGGUGACAAAGAGGCGAGGACGCCGCCUCAGAAACCGCUGGUGAAACCCCCUUACUCCUACAUUGCCCUGAUCACCAUGGCUAUCCUCCAAAGUCCUAAGAAGAGGUUGACCCUGAGCGAAAUCUGUGAGUUUAUCAGCACCAGAUUCGCCUAUUACAAAGAGAAAUUCCCAGCUUGGCAAAACUCUAUCCGCCAUAACCUGUCCCUCAAUGACUGCUUCGUCAAGAUGGCAAGAGAGCCCGGCAAUCCCGGCAAGGGCAAUUAUUGGACCCUGGAUCCCAACUCCGCCGAUAUGUUCGAUAAUGGUAGCUUCCUGAGGAGGAGAAAGCGUUUUAAACGGCAGCCCCAUAUUGGAGUGUUACGGGGUCACACAUCUCUCCACCCAGCACUGAGCUACGGCCCCUACGGCUACGGUGUACAGCUCCCAAGCUCCGGGUACCCGGCCCUGACCUUCCAGCACCCUCACCACUGCCCCAUGCCAGCUCCAGGUACCCUCUUGCCCGCCUCCCUGGCUGGCUUUAUCCACCAGGGGAGAGAGCUGAAUCCCAAAUCUCUUGGCCCUCCGCUCAGUCCCCAGCCCCCAGCCCCGAUCAAAGUCGAGUCAACUUCGUCCCUGGCUGCUUUCUCCCUGGACAGCCCGUUAAGCAGCUCCGGCUCACCACCUGUGUACCCUACCCCGGUGAUCUCCGCCAUUCUCUCCCCCGCCCCGAGCCAGAUCGAUGUGAAUUGCGCCCAGUUACAGCCGGGAGCGAAAUUCGCCGGUAAACUUCUACAGCCGCACAACUGCCGCUACUGAUGGUGCCGAUCAGGUAACUGGGGGUAACCCCCGAAGGCGAGAGCAGGUCUUGCAACGUUCGUUCUAUGUACUAUGUACUCGUUCGUUCAACGAGUUUGGGCCGGACUGGAGGACGAAGCCAAAACAUGCAUGGUUUGGACUUAUAUUCGUACAGUCACCAGCCCCUCUGUACAUGAACCUGUGUAAAUAUUGUGGCUGUAAUGAAAAAUAUAGACAUGUUUAAUUAUUGAU